AUACCCAUCCAUCAAACACAACUUCAUCAUUUGUUCAAGAGAGAAAAAAAACUUCUAAAAACAUGAAACUCACCUCAGGUUCAAUCGUUAUCAUCAACCUUUUGGCAUUACAAUACUUGCCUGUUCUUUGUCUCUCACAAGAUUUUGAUUUCUUCUACUUUGUUCUACAGUGGCCUGGAUCAUACUGCGACACGAAACAAAGAUGUUGUUAUCCGAAGACAGGAAAGCCUUCCGCGGAUUUUGGGAUCCAUGGACUUUGGCCUAAUUACAACGAUGGUGGCUACCCUUCCAACUGUGAUCCCGACAGUCGUUUCGACAAAUCUGAGAUUUCAAGCCUGAUUGGGAGUCUGGAAAAGGAAUGGCCCACUCUUUCAUGUCCUAGCAACGAUGGAGUUAAGUUCUGGACUCAUGAAUGGCUCAAACAUGGGACUUGCUCAGAAUCUGAACUUGACCAACGUGAAUACUUUGAAGCUGCUCUCCAAUUGAAACAAAAGGCUAACCUCCUUCAAGCUUUAACAAGCGCAGGAAUAAAACCAAAUGAUGAAUUCUAUGAAUUGGAGGAGAUCGAGGAUGCUAUAAGGCAAGCAGUUGGGUUUACUCCCGGCAUUGAGUGCAAUGUGGAUUCAUCUCGUAACAGUCAGCUUUAUCAAGUUUACUUGUGUGUGGAUACUUUCGGUUCAGAUUUCAUUAAAUGUCCUUUGUUACCCAGGGCUAAAUGUGGUUCAAGAAUCCAGUUUCCUAAGUUUUAAUAUCCAUUUUCCAAUCCAUUUGUUUUAAUUUAAUUUAUUCAGCAAAUUGUUGCAUAUCCUAUGGGAAAAAAUUAUUUGUAAUUUGCAAUAAUAGAGGGUUUGAAACUCUUACAAUGUAGUUUACCCAUUGAUGAUUCA